UAUAAUCGCCAACUGCAUUUGACAUCACAGUCAAAGUCUGUCCAGCUUAAGAUGGGUUUAAUCAAAUACGGAAUUUUGCUCGCAACGCUUACAUUAGCUUUAGCUGAAACGCAGAAUGAGUGCGUUGUGCCUGUUAGCUCCAAGGGCGAACAAUGGCCGUUGAUUUAUAAACCCAGUGGUGAAUUGUAUCCAGUACAGUUGGAUGCAGAGCAACGAUCAGCAAGUGUACACUUACCUGUCGGAGAAGAGGUCUUGCUCUCAUGUGGACCAAAUUAUCUGAAGAACUUUAAUCGUGCAGAGACGUUGAGCGUUAAAUGCGACAGCGAUGGCAAGUUAAAAUCGUUGACUAUUUCUAGUGGUCUUCAAAAUAAACCGAAACCAGCCAAUUACUUCGGCUGUGAUUUGCGUGUUGUCGAAGAAGUGCUAAGCACAGUAAAUGGCUGCAACAAUAGGGAUUGGACGCCGGUUGCUUAUGGUUAUGUGAAUCCAUGGGAUAAUCUAACACACAUAAUUGGUGAGGCAUGCUAUGAUGAAAACGAGGGACGUACCCGAUUCGCGCAUAUCAAGCUAAGCAGUACUGGUUAUCCACAACUGCAACGGCUACCAAAAUUCUUUCUCACAAGAUUCAAUCAUCCCGAUGGCCGUUAUAAAAGUGAACUUUUCCGCGGUCUGCGCUUCGAUGAAAUCUACCAGCGUGUACGUCAAACAUUGCACUUGAAAACCGCUCCUUUCUUACAUAUCGCCAACUACGUGGACGAUUUCUUCAUACUAAAUCCGCAAUUCCAAGCCGUAAAAAAGUUGGGUUGGAAUUAUUUUGUUUCGCAUGAUGAGCUGGAAGCCUGGACGGAACUCAAGCGAGACAUACUGGCACAUCAAAAAGCCACCAAAGAAGACAUGGACAUUUAUGUGGGCAGUCAUGGCGUACAGGUGCUAUACGGUCUUAAUGGUGAACAAAUGAGUUUCUAUCUUCAUCCAGAUUUGGGUGAAGAUGGAAAAUUCCCCGUGCCGGAGCUUUUGUGGAUUGUGGUAAAGGAAGAAGAUAAGGCAACGGCUUUUGGUGUGUACAACGACGCAAAUGCGAAUGCGGUUCACCGUAGUGUGUCAACCACGCCGCAUGCUCCAAUUUGUGAGAGCAAAUGUGGUGAGAUCACUUGGCUGUCGGAUGCAUUGAAAAAUAGUGGUGUAAUCUGUUGUAGUGUGUCACAAUUUAGAAAAGUUGUGAAGGAAGUGCCAGAACUAACUGAAGAAGAUAGUCUUUUGUAAAUAUGUAAAUUCAUAAAAAAUACUAAAUAAAUAAAGAAGAAAGAUAUAUAAA